CGGGGUUGUCGAGGCAAUCGUUAGUGGUUCAGCAUUGGUUUCCCCUGCCACCACUCAUUCAACUCCAGCUCUGCAGCAAUGUCUUCUACUGUGGCCCUCCUAUGUACGGUGACAUUGUUGUUAGGAGGCACCGGGUUUGGCACUGCACAGAGUACCUUAACCGACAACUUACAAUAUGUCCGCCCCCUUAUCGGAGCCAGCAAUGGUGGAAAUGUCUUUCCAGGCGCCUCGCUGCCCUAUGGAAUGGCGAAAGCCGUGGGAGACACCAAUAGCGGCUCGAACCAGGGCGGCUUCACCCUCGAUGGCAGCAAUAUCACUGGCUUCAGUGUCAUGCAUGAUUCGGGCACAGGAGGAAGCCCAUCGCUUGUUCACAAUCUCGCGAUCUAUCAACGGUUACCCUUUGCCCGGCGGUGCUUUCGUUCGAUUCGCCAGCGGAAAUGCUCCUAUAUACGCACGCACCGCGACAAGCUUCAUCAGUGCUGAGCAGGCCUGCGCACAUGCCGAGUCUGAGAUUCCGGAUUUUGAUUUUGACAGCGUCCGGGAGGCAGCAAGAAGUGCUUGGAUGGAAAAGCUGAGCUAUAUUUCCGUUGACACAGAAGGGGUGGAUAUUUCUUUUGUGACAAAUUUUUUUAGUGGAUUCUACCGCACAAUGAUCAACCCACAAAACUACACCGGCGAGAACCCCCUUUGCCUCUGGGAUUCUUUCCGAUCGCAAAUCCCUUUCCUAACAAUCGUUGACCCGGAAGCUGUGGAGGACAUGAUCAGGUCCCUGAUCGACACUUAUGUCCACCUCGGCUGGCUACCAGAUUGCCGAAUGAGUCUCAGCAAGGGCUAUACCCAGGGUGGCUCAAAUGCAGAUGUCGUGCUUGUUGAUGGGUAUUUGAAGGGUCUCUCCAAGAUUGAUUGGAAUCUUGGAUACGAAGCGGUGGUCAAGGACGCUGAGGUCGAGCCUUACGACUGGUGUUGCAAUGGACGCGGUGGCAUCGACAGCUGGAAAGCACUCGGUUACAUUCCAGUGCAGGAUUUCGACUACAAGGGCUUUGGGACAAUGACUCGUAGUGUCUCAAGGACACUUGAAUACAGCUAUAAUGACUUCUGUAUUUCGGAGUUAGCUGCUGCACUGAAUGUCACAGCUGACCAGGAGAAAUACGUUGCGUCCAGCGGAAAUUGGCAGAAUCUUUACAGAGCCGAUCAAACCUCUUUCCUCAACACAUCGAAUGGGGCGAUGGAUACUACAUUCGUCGGUUUCUUCCAGCCCAAAUACCUCAACCAGACAUGGGAAGUUCAGGAUCCAUUGACGUGCAGCAACAUCGACACCUCAGGUAUUGCUUGCUCGCUCCAAAAUACUGGCAGAGAGACAUUUGAGAGCAGCUUAUGGGAGUAUGGAUUUUUUGUUCCCCAUGAUCAAGCAACACUCAUCGCGCUCUACGGGGGUCCCCAGGACUUUGUCCGCCGUCUGGACUAUCUACACGACCAGAACAUUACCUACAUAGGGAAUGAGCCUGCUUUCCUCACGGUAUUCCAAUAUCACUACGCUGGUCGCCCUGCUCUCUCUGCAAAGCGAUCCCACUUCUAUAUCCCGUCCUUCUUCAGCCCGACACCUUCAGGUCUUCCUGGCAACGACGAUUCUGGAGCCAUGGGAAGCUUUCUUGCCUUCAGCAUGAUUGGACUGUUUCCGAAUCCGGGCCAGAAUGUCUACCUCAUCAUACCGCCCUACUUUGCCAGUGUAAACAUCACGCACCCGGUCACUGGUAAAACUGCGACCAUUCGCAACGUCAACUUUGAUCCAACGUACGAAGCGAUUUUUAUACAAUCUGCCACACUAGAUGGUGUACCAUAUACCAGGAACUGGAUAGACCACAGUUUCUUCACUGAAGGCAAGGAGUUGGUGCUCACCUUGGGACGGAAUGAGAGCAACUGGGGAAGAGCUUUGGACGAUUUACCACCCAGUGUCGGGGAGUAUACGGGUUUCAAUGGUUCGCAUACUGGAAAUAGCAGAAGUCUAAAGAGAUGGACAGGAAACUACUGGUCUCACUUUGGCGGCUUCAACUAG